AGCAACCGGGGUCAGAGCCACUGUCUACCCGGCUAAGUAUUCUUUCGCGGUAUUCCAGUCCCAGCAGCCGGUCUGGGCUGAUCUCAGUCCCCAGCUGUCCGUCGUCCUGUCCACUUCUCCCUUCUACUGAUUUCCGUUGUGCGUAUCCGCUCAUUUGAGCGGGUUCCCACAAUGAAUACUCGCGGUUUCCGUUUGGAAACCAAUUUCUGGAGCCUCUGGCCCACCCUUUGUGGCCUGGGAUGGCUACUAGGGUUGGGGCUCUUUUUGGGGCUUCAGGCAGCCUGCGGUACCGCUUUCGAUCUGCCUGGGACAAGCCCAGAAGAUUAUUGCGAGUUGAACCUAGAAAACACCUCCUGCAAGUCAUUAGUGGAAGUAUAUGUAAACAGAUUGGACUCAGUGGAAUCUGUGUUACCUUAUGAAUAUGAUACCUUUGACUUCUGUCAAGAUGCUGCAAUGAAGAGACCUUCGGAAAAUAUUGGACAAGCCCUAUUUGGAGAACAAAUAAUAUCAUCUCCUUAUAAGUUAUCUUUUAAUAAAACAGAAACAUGUGUGAGUGUUUGUGUAAAAACUUACAAUGCAAUAAAUAAAGAACAAAAGAAACACCUGAAUUUCUUGAGGAACGGAAUACGCCUGAAUUAUCAACAUCAUUGGAUUAUUGAUAGUAUGCCAGUAACAUGGUGUCGUGAUACAAAAGAUGGAAGAAAACACUGUACAAGAGGAUUUCCCAUUGGUUGUUUCAUUACCAGAAGUGGCAAAGCAAAUGAUGAUUGCAUUAACAGGCCUGAAUUCAACAAAACAAAUACUUUCUAUAUCUUCAAUCAUGUUGAUAUUACUGUUAUAUAUCACAGGGAAAAUGAAACAGAUUUACAUAUUGCCAGAUUGAUUGCUGCUAAAAUUGAACCAAAAAGUUAUAAACAUUCAGAUGAAAACAACCUAACUUGUAAUGGACCCCCAAUGGAAAUAGCUGGUGAAUACGCAGAUAAUUUAAAUGUGAUCUAUACAUAUUCUGUAAAAUUUGAGGAAAACAAGGAUGUGAAGUGGUCUUCCAGGUGGGAUUAUGUUUUGGAAUCUAUGACCAAUACAAACAUUCAGUGGUUCAGCAUUACCAAUUCCUUUGUUGUUGUUCUUUUCUUAUCUGGCAUGGUGGCUGUAGUCAUAGUACAGGCUCUCCAUAGAGAUAUUACAAGAUAUAAUCAGAAACGUUCUUCUGGUACUGUCCGGCAGGAUUUUGGUUGGAAGCUGCUUAGUGGGGAUGUGUUCAGACCACCAGAGAAUGGACUAUUGCUGUCGGUCUUUUUAGGUCAAGGAGUACAAAUUUUGAUGAUGUCAUUGAUUACUUUAUUUGUGGCCUGUCUUGGAUUUUUAUCCCCUGCCAAUCGAGGUGGUUUAAUGACAUGUGCUGUUGUUCUGUGGGUACUUCUGGGAACCCCAGCUGGAUAUGUGUCUGCUAAAAUGUAUAAGACAUUUAAAGGUAUGAAAUGGAAGACUCACUUUUUCAUGACAGCACUGUUAUGUCCUGGGUUUGUCUUUAUUGACCUCUUCUUUAUGAAUAUGAUUAUUUGGACUGAAGGGUCAUCAGCUACUAUCUCCUUUAGUGGGUUCAUUGCCAUACUUGUACUGUGGCUUAGCAUAUCGGUACCACUCACCCUUUUGGGAGAAUACUAUGGGAGUCAAGAAACGUUUACAUGCCCAGUGCACAUAAACCCAUUGCGUCGUGCGAUCCCUCAGCAGAAGAUUUUUACAAAACCACUUAUUAACAUCGUAGUUGGUGCUAUUUUACCAUUUGGAUGCAUUUUUACUCAACUCUUUUACAUUCUAAACAGUAUUUGGAUUAUCAUUGGUGGUGGAGGUCCUUUUUGACCACCAGUUUUACAGCCGUUUAUUGUUUCAUCUAUGCAAUUCAUUACUUCUUUACGAAACUUCAGAUCACAGGCAUUGCAAGUGUUGUUUUGUACUUAGGGUACACGGUGAUCAUGGUGCUGAUUUUGUUCCUCUUCACAGGAACAAUCGGAUUUUUUUCCUGCUUCUUUUUUGUCACGACAAUCUACAGUGCGGUGCAGGUGGAUUAAAGAAUAUCCACCAGGACUUCCAGGCACAACACCAUUAUUGAUGUAUCUCUGUAAACAUCUAUAGAGAUAUAUAUGUGUGCCCUUAAUUAUAUCAAUCUCAAAUAAAUGCAAGCAUAAAUCA